UUCCAACACAGCAUUGCCCUUGUACAUAAUAUAAUAUAUGAAAAUCCCCCAAGUCAAUGUUAGCAUUAUUAACUAUGUCGAGGCAAACAAACAGUGAUUGAUUCUGAACCAAAUUCCAACAUGUUAUUUCUUCCAAAGACUAAGGAACAAGCUCAUUUUUUUCAUUUAGAACUGCAUGCUGGUUAACUGCCACACAGUUGCUUCUUUUCGAAAAUCAGCAAUAAAAAAUCUGCACUCAUGGAGGAUUUUAACAAGUUACCAGAAGAGGAAGCAGCUGGCAUACAAAAGGAAGGAGAUGAAAGGGAAGAAAAUGACCCUGAAAGCAACAGGCUUCAUCAGCCUCUGCUCAAAAGAAAUCAAACAUUUUCUUUGAGUCCGCUCGCCAUAGUUGGGUCCACGUUGUCUCACGUGGAGAGCUUGGAUUAUGAGAUAAAUGAAAAUGACCUGUUCAAGCAAGACUGGAGGAGCAGAUCACAAGUUGAAGUAUUGCAGCAUAUCUUCUUCAAAUGGCUGCUGGCAUUUCUUGUUGGGCUUCUAACAGGACUUGUAGCCACUCUCAUCAAUCUAGCCGUUGAAAAUAUUGCGGGCUACAAACUCCUUGCUGUGGUCCAGUAUAUCGAGCAGGAAAGGUACAUAAUGGGACUAGUGUAUGUGGCUGGAGUUAACUUUCUUCUGACAUUGGUAGCUACCAUUUUAUGCACUUGUUUUGCACCUACUGCUGCUGGUCCAGGAAUUCCUGAAAUAAAAGCUUAUUUGAAUGGAGUUGACACACCCAAUAUGUUUGGUGCAACAACAUUGAUUGUGAAGAUAAUCGGAAGCAUUGGAGCCGUAGCCGCGGGCUUAGAUCUCGGGAAAGAAGGCCCAUUGGUCCACAUCGGGACCUGCAUAGCCUACCUAUUGGGCCAAGGUGGGCCCAACAACCACCGCGCAAAAUGGCACUGGUUGAGAAGACACUUCAACAACGACAGAGACAGGCGUGACCUCAUCACCUGUGGCUCUUCAUCCGGCGUCUGUGCAGCUUUCCGGGCCCCAGUGGGAGGAGUCCUUUUUGCCCUCGAAGAGGUGGCCACGUGGUGGAGGAGCGCUCUCCUUUGGAGGACUUUUUUCAGCACAGCAGUUGUGGUUGUGGUGCUGAGGGCUUUCGUGGAGUACUGCAAGUCUGGGGGUUGCGGGCUGUUUGGUCAAGGAGGGUUGAUCAUGUUUGACGUGAGCGAUGUUACCGUGAGGUAUCACGCGGUGGAUAUUAUCCCUGUGGCUGUGAUAGGUGUGAUUGGUGGGGUGUUGGGGGGCCUUUACAACCACCUUCUCCUUAAGGUCCUCAAGGUUUACAAUGUUAUCAACCGGAAGGGAAAGCUUCACAAAAUCCUUCUCAGUUUGACCGUAUCAAUCUUUACCUCCAUAUGCACGUAUGGCCUCCCUUUCCUCGCGAGAUGCCAACCCUGUGACUCCUCCCGCCUACACUCUUCCUGCCCAACAACUGGCCGAUCAGGCAACUUCAAACAGUUCAACUGCCCAAACGGCCACUACAAUGACCUGGCCACUCUCCUCCUCACCACCAAUGACGAUGCAGUCCGCAACAUCUUCUCCGUAAACACUCCUAAAGAAUUCCAAAUCUUCUCUCUCCUCAUCUUCUUCUCCCUCUACUGCGUGUUGGGCCUCAUAACUUUCGGCAUCGCCGUCCCGUCGGGCCUCUUCCUCCCCAUUAUCUUAAUGGGCUCGGCCUACGGCCGCUUGUUGGGCCUUGUUAUGGGCCCAUACACGAGGAUCGACCAGGGCCUGUACGCUGUGCUUGGGGCCGCUUCCCUCAUGGCAGGCUCCAUGAGAAUGACUGUCUCGCUAUGUGUGAUAUUCCUUGAGCUCACUAAUAACCUACUUCUCCUACCCAUCACAAUGUUGGUUCUACUGAUUGGUAAAACGGUGGGCGACUGUUUCAACCCGAGCAUCUACGAAUUAAUACUGGAAAUGAAAGGGUUACCUUUUCUUGAUGCGCAUCCUGAGCCGUGGAUGAGGAAUGUAACGGUUGGUGAGCUAGUUGAUGUAAAGCCGGGAGUUGUUAGUCUGAGUGGGGUUGAGAAAGUGAGCAGAAUUAUUGAGGUGUUGAAAAAUACAACGCACAACGGUUUUCCGGUAGUGGACGGAGGAGAACUGCAUGGGUUGAUCUUGAGGUCACACCUUGUAUUGAUUUUGAAGAAGAAAUGGUUCCUGCAAGAAAAAAGGAGAAUGGAUGAGUGGGAAGUGAGGGAAAAGAUUAGUUCGACUGAUUUGGAUGAAAGGUCGGGGGAGAUUGAGGAGGUGAGUGUGACUGGGGACGAAAUGGGGAUGUUUGCUGAUUUAUAUCCCUUGACCAAUAUGACGCCGUACAGUGUGGUGGAGAAUAUGUCACUGGCGAAGGCGAUGGUGCUGUUUAGGCAAAUGGGCCUCCGUCACAUGCUUGUACUGCCAAAGUAUCCAGCAACCAUUGUGCCUCCCGUUGUGGGAAUUUUGACGAGGCAGGACUUGAGAGCACACAACAUAUUGAGUGACUUUCCUCAACUGGGAAAGUCCACCGGAAGUGAGAAGGGACAUUGAUUUUCACAAACACGAUAUACUGCCACUUUUCAGAAAAACACAAAAUCCUUUGUUUAUUGAAUAAAUUCAUUUUUGUCCAGAUUUAUAAGAAUAUAAAUGUCUAUAGUUGUAUAUUGUCUGUCACCGGACACUAUCACACGACAUAGCAGUUAAAUUCAUCUAAUCUCUUUGAUUAAGUCUAUAUAGUAUACACAACAUUGUCCAAUGGAGCAAUUGCAGAAAAUGGAAAACCGAAAUUCUUUUUGUCCAGUCAAAUUUCACAGUACAACGGAUAGAGAUCCUUAAAAAUCUUUAUCCUCAGCAACUCUAUCUUGCAUCUUCGGAUAUAAUUUUGCGCUUUAACUGGGUCUUUUCUUUUUAGAUUUCUUUCCCUUAAGGGUUGCCGCUGGUCCUUUUUUGAAAACAGCCAGGAUCUCAAUGCU